AUGUCAUCCUCUAGUGAUACUUCGAUUGCUAGUGAUGUAUUGCUGCUGAAAUUACUGGAGUUACAUUACAUUGUUCACGACCCUUUACUUGGUGAUUUGGAAGAUGAUAAAUCUGAUAAACAUAAAGAUAGAUAUAAAUCAAUUGAAGAUGUACUUCGAUCAAAUGAUAUAAGAGAUUCAUUACUUCUGGGAAUAGAGAAAUAUAUAUUUCAUCCAAAGCUCAAGAGAAAGAUAGAUGAUGAAGUGUAUCAAAGCAACAAAGUACAGAAAGUUCAAAUAUCUAAAUCACCUUCAUUUUCAAGUGCAAGACGUCAAAAAUCAGCUGUACAAUCAUUAAAAAUCCCAGCAGAAGUAGAUCAAGAAGAGUUAGAUGAGUUCCUUAUGAAAGAUGUCAAGGACUUAGAGAUCAUAUCGGUACCAGAACAUUACCCAACCAAACAACAUAUUGUAUCAUCAUUGGCUGAAUUAUAUUAUCUUACUCAAACAUUACCAUUAACCAAGUUACUUCCUGGAAGUCAUAAAGUAUUAGUAACGGAUAACUUCGAACUGGCAUUAUUAGAAGGGAAAAUAGCAGUGUUAUAUUCUAGAAUAGAAGAAUUAAAAAGACAAGGAAAAUGGUCCCUUAGGCAGCCUCAAAAAUUUUAUGAUCCUUUUACAUUUAAAAAGAAAACAAAGAAGAAUUCAUUUCAUUGGGAUAAUUUACUACAAGAAGCAAAAUGGAUGUCUGAAGAUUUUAAAGAAAGUUCCAAAUUCAAGAAAUUCUGUUGUGUAUUGAUGGCUAAUGCCAUAGAAGAAUAUUGGAUCAAGGGAAAGUCUGUUUGCAUCAAACGUAAGAAGAUAAAUGUAUUGGAAGAAGAUUCUGAGAUGAAAGAAGAACUGGUAGAUAAUGUAGAAGAAGCAUCAGUGGAUGUGGAAGACUUAUUAAAGCCUAAUGAUGAUGAUGAUGAAGUGAUAUUUUCAAGAUCCAAACCUGCUGCCAUAGAAGUUAAAAAGGAAGUUUCUCCUUUCAAACCAUAUAUCGAUAUUAACGACUUGAAGAAAAUCGAUCAAUCUAUUAUUAAGAAUUUACCAAAGUUCUCUGCAUUUGAUGAUUCCAACAUAACACUUAAACCAGUUGAUACUCCAUUGGUGGCUGUGUCUCGUCUUCUACACCCAUUUGAAGAAGAAGAAGAAUGGUAUAAAGUUAUUUUAAAAGAACAACAAAAGACACGUACUCUGGGACCACCCGAAUAUCAAAAGGGAUUAUUUGGAUUCCAAUCACAUAGAAGAUUUAAUCCUUUGAAACCUCCUAAACCACCAUUAAUUAAAAAUAUAGAAUAUAGAUCUCCAACUAUUUGGUUACCACAAGAUGAUAAAUUUCUUAUUCAUUAUGUUGCUGAGUUUUGUUUUAAUUGGGAGUUAAUUUCAGAGCAUUUAUUAGCUUCUAAUUCUUCUUCUAGCCUUAAGAAAUAUGAAUCUAAUAUCGAAAGAAGAACUCCUUGGCAAUGUUUUGAAAGAUAUAUUCAAUUAAAUGAAAAAUUCCAAGUUUCCGAUAUGAAAGGUUUGUAUGCUUAUCAUGCUCAACAAUGGUUAGAACAAGCACACAGAGCUCAACUGACUACAAAAAGAAGAAUAUCUCCUUUAGGUGUAGGAUCUGAAUCAAUUCAAAGAGGUCAUAGAAGAUUAAGAUGGGGCUCAAUGUUUGAUGCUAUGAGAAAAGCAAUGAAGAAAAGAGAAGUUGCUGCUGCAAAAGCUCCUACCCAAAGACGUCCAACCAGUGAUUAUUCAGCAGGAUCACCUGCUCCUGGUCAAAUGCUGGCUCAAGUUAAGAGACCAGUAGAUAGAGUUCCAAAUCCAGCUGAAUUGUCUAAAUUGAAAUAUGAAAGAGAUAAAUCGGUUCAAGAAGCUUAUAUGAAUCAACAGGCUACAAGAUCUCGAAUGAUGGCUGCUGUUGCACAACAACAAAAGCAAAGUCAAUCCUUACAGAGUGGUAAUGGAAGUAACAACAGUAGUGCAAACAGUAUUAAUAAUAACAAUGCCAAUAGACCACUAUUACAACCUCAAUCUCAAGCUCAAGCUCAAACUCAAACUCAAUCACAACCACAGUCCCAAAUACAGACACCAAUACAACAACAACUGCAAAUCAAUACUUCGGGUAAUCCUAUACCACAGCAAUCUCAAGGAAGAACUGUAAGUAAUGCCAGUGAUCAACAGACCGGUUCCCAACAAGGACCAUCACAAGCAAUACCAACUAAUCCAGGUAUCAAACGUCCAACCACACCAAAUGGAACUCCAUAUACUACUGAGCAAAUUCAGCAACUUUUACAAUUUCAAAAGCAAAGAAGAUUUUUGCAACAACACAAUAAAUCGUUGUCAAAUGCUGGUAAUAGUCAACAAGGUCCGGUACCAAUUCAAAAUAAUCUUAUCAAGAGCAAUGUACCUGGUCAGGGUCCACCACAACCUGUCAAUAAUGGUCCUAACCAAGGACCCGUUGCUGUAAAGAAUCCAGUGUCUAAUGUUCCUCCUACUGCACCAAAUCUGAAGCCAAGAAUUCAUUUUGCUCCUGCACAAGUUUCAGCUAUUAUUCAAUCUAUUCAACAGAAGAAUCCUGGUUAUAGUAAGGAACAAGUGACGAAGUUAGCAGCUCAGUAUUUAGCCAACAUACAGCAGCAACAACAGAAUAGAUUUAAUCAACAGCAAAUGAGAGGUAAUGCAAGUUCAUCUAGUUCUCCAAAUCCUCAGUAUGCUUCAGUGAGCUCACAAGGUCUUCCACAAUCCCAACAAAAGCCUCAAGGUCAACAAGUGACUAAUCUUUUACCACAAGAAAGAAAUCAAUUACUUAUGUUGAAGGCUGCCAAAUCUUCUCAACAGCAACAACAAUUUCAACAACAGUUACAACAACAACAGCAGUUCCAACAGUUACAACAAGCUCAACUUCAACAAAGAAAUGUUGGCGGUUCAUUGGAUAGCACAAGUAUAUCUAAAUUGGAGUAUGAGCAAAGAAAGCGUUUAUUAAUCCAAAAACAGCAACAACAGCAACUUCAACAACAACAGCUUCAACAACAACAGAAGCAACAAUUGCAACAGUUACAACAAUCACCACACCAACAAAAGCUUCAACUCCAACCCCAACAACAACAAAAGCAGCAACAGAUACAAAGAAAUAUGGGACUGUCUCCAAAUAUUCAAGAUUCUGGAAAUAAUUCGAGUAAUCCCCAAUCGUCUUCUCCAGGUAAUAAGGGUAAUUAG